AUGACCUUGGACGUGGCGUACCUGCGAGGCUCCAUGGCGGCAAUCUUCUCCGUGCUCCAACACUCCUCAUGCCCGGAGAACGUAAUCUUCCACUUCGUCUCCGCAGCUUCUAAACCUUCCACCUUCGCAACUCUAAACCAAACACUAACCAUUUCCUUCCCUUACUUGAAUUUCCAAAUGUACCCCUUCGACGACGACGCCGUUUCGCGCCUCAUCUCCACCUCCAUUCGCUCCGCCCUGGACACGCCUCUCAACUACGCGCGAAGCUACCUUUCAAACCUCCUCCCUCGCUGCGUCACCAGAGUCGUCUAUAUCGACUCCGACCUAAUCCUCGUCGACGACAUCGCAAAACUCGCUGCCACGCCGCUCGGGGAGGACGCGGUCCUCGCCGCACCGGAGUACUGUUCCGCCGACUUCUCCGCCUACUUCACGCCCUCGUUCUGGUCCAAUCCCUCGCUCUCGCUAUCGUUCGCGAACCGGAAGCGACCGUGCUACUUCAACACCGGCGUGAUGGUGAUCGACCUCCAGCGGUGGCGAGCAGGGGACUACACGACGGCGAUCGAGGAGUGGAUGGAGCUGCAGAAGAGGAUGCGGAUCUACGAGCUCGGGUCGCUUCCGCCUUUCCUGCUGGUGUUCGCUGGGAGGAUUGCGGCAGUGGAUCAGCGGUGGAACCAGCACGGGCUCGGCGGGGAUAAUUUUCAUGGGCUUUGCCGGGAACUGCAUCCUGGACCCGUGAGCCUGCUGCAUUGGAGUGGGAAGGGGAAGCCUUGGGCCAGGCUCGACGCCAAUAGGCCUUGUCCUUUGGACGAGUUGUGGGCUCCCUACGAUUUGCUCCAAACUCCUUUUGCUAUUCAGGCGUAG